GCCUGGAGCCCGGAGCAGCCAAAAAUUUUGCCUGCUCCGGGCUCCGCUCCGGCUAAAAUCGCUCUGCUCCGGGCUCCAGGCUCCGGGCUCCGGCUCCGCUCCAAGUCCCUGAUUGCAAGUCAACCUCCUUGCAAAUUCGACAGUCAAAUUUGCAACUUCCCACCUGUACACCGCGUUCUGACUUACUACACAAUGCUGACGGAAAGCUAUUGGAGAGCGCGGCUUAAGGACAAUGCCCAAUCCCUCAAGGGAUUUCGGGUUCAGCGAAAUCCCGGCGCAGGUAGUGAUAGCCGUGAUCCAUCCACAUACGUACUGGUGUCGGAUGUAAACGCCCUCGUCCCUUUUCCCGGAAGAACGGCCGAGAACAAAGCCGACGUCAAUUCCUUCCUCAAAAAUAGUUUGGCCAUCCUCAACUUGCCUAAGGCGUUUUCAACUGCAAUUGCUGGCUUCAUUCGCAUCGCCACCGACGUUGGACCUAACCUGGCUGGGUUCAGUGGCGUGAUUCAGCUGUUCACCUACCCAAAAGACCAAGUGUUGAGAAAACUACGGGCGACUGUCAAUGGAACAGCAUGCCCUGCUUCUUUGGAUGCAUCAGAUGCCAAUGGCACCGUGGACACCACCAUCACGUCUUGCGUCUCAGCCUCGAGAACCGUCGACGAGGCUUGUAGUCAGGUCAACGAAGGCAGUUCCAUCGUGGUCGUGGGCGCAGACAACAAUCCGUACCUGGUGGCACUCACUCGGUUCCAGCGAUUAUGCCGAAGUGACGUGGUCCUGUCCCUCAUCGGCUCCUCCAUGGCGUUUGCCGAUCACCGCAAUUUCCUCUGCAACAACUUGACUGGGGUCACGUGUGGCCCUUUCCCAGCAACGACAACUCAAAAUCCAACCACCAAAACAACGGUUCUCUCAACCACGAUGAGUAGCAAUGCCACCACCAGCACCACGUCACAAGCAAAAACCACUUCACGAGCCGGAAAUGAUCCUGUUCCGCACGGCGAUGAUCCUCCAGCAAAUGCUUCUAAAUUCCGGUCCUUCCUCCGAUUCUUGACUGCUUUACUGGCUGGCGGAAAAUAGUUCCUUCAUCAUGAGGACUUGAUUAUGUAAGCUGGCAAGCAAUCCUUGUUUGAGACGAGCAAAACGCAGGAAUUCCUGGGAUCAUUUGCAAAAUCUUACUUCACUUGCCUGCUCUGGAAACGGUUACCACAUUCACGCGUGUGCUGCUGUUUUUUGUUUUUUUACAUAUACCACCGGGAAUUAUCGAAACUGCAUAGUGUUAUUGAUACUCAAUCUUGGUGUGCGGACACCUGCUGUUGAUUGGAGAUUUUCGAAUAUUUUCGUGGAUUAAUUAUUAUUACAUUAUAUGACCAUGCCUGCACACGUGUGACGUAUUACUUUACUGACUCUUUAUUGUUGCAUGGAGAUGAACAAUAAACAAUUUUGCCAGUGGGAAAUA